UGGAACAGUCCAAGUAUCACAUGAUUGACCCCAGCUGACCUACUUGCGAAAUUUUCCUCAUUCAAUGCUGAAAAUUGCACUAAAAAGUGUGAAGCCCGCGAACUUUCCAGGUGGAAAUCUGUAGUAAAGGGUUAGGGACAUCACUGUUCGAGAACUCGAGGCCGAGAAGACUACAACUAGGUUGCAAUUCCGGACUUUGCGGGGUAUUUAACCAAUCAACACCAUGGGCAGAUUAACGUGCAAGUGUCUCAACAUCAGCGUCCACACCAAAGCCAAGCCUGAGCCGCUGGACCCUUCCGCUCUGAGAUUACCAGCCGGGGAACGGGACGUGGAUUUCUUCAAGGGUCAGGUGGCCGAAAUACAGCUGGACCUGGGCGGCAUAUCCGAGGAGCAGAAGUGUUUAAUCAGACGAAGCAGCGUCGGGGAGUGGGUCGUUAGGACCUGCACCAACUGUGAGACAGACUGCUACGCGACACACGCCACUAAGGGAAUGAACAGGGUAUUGGUCAGUCUAAGUCUGGUGAGUGACACAGAGAAGCAAGAAGAGUUACGCAGAUCUCCGAGCUUCUCCCCGCUUUUCCACGUCAUCCUCCACGAAAUCAGCAAGACAAAAAGUCCAACGUUGGGGCAUCCAACAACGAGUAACCAAGACGCUCUCAAGAAGACGGUGGGUGACUUGCAGGACCAGCUAUCGCGGUACCUGACUAAAGAGAAGGCGUCUAUGGAGGAGAGAAUCAAGAAGUUUACAGAAGAUCAGCAGGCAGCUUAUAAUUCACUACAGAAGAAAGCGUACAGGGACAAGAACCUCAUGGUUGGAUUGAUGGUUGAAGCUGACGAGAAGAGCCUAGAAGAUUCCAUCUCGGAAGCCAUGCUAGAAACAACCCUCACCCCACCGCACACCCCAGUCAGCCUUAGUAAGAAUAGAGUAAAUUCUAGCCUUCCCCCUAUUAGCAUGAGUUACCCAAGGACAUUUCAUGGUGAAAUUGCGACGGCGAAAGAAAAACCCAGAGAAGUGCCAGUCAAGGCGUACGGAGGACCGCAGAGGUCGGGUGCCACUCCGAGAGGGGUCGCCAAAACAAGACACAGAAGCAAUGAUGCUGACACCAUGUUUGACUUGGACGGCUUCAACGACGACUGCGAUCCGUUUUUCGAAUCGGACGACGAGAGUAGCACUGAUGACGCAGCUCACCUGAAUCCUACCCCCUCUCUCCCCGCAGAUAACUCGCUGAACGACGACCACCUGACCCGCACUAUGUCCGGCCGGGGGACGUCGUCCAGGGCGGCGCAGAACUUUGCCACCUCGGUACCCAUCUCCAUGCCCGUCUGGAACCGCGAGGCUAAACUCUCGCUAGAAGACGAGGAUGAUGAUGAUGAUAAGGUCCCCAUGCCCGAGCCAGAUCACAUGGUCGCAAGUAUGAAGGCCCUGUCGCUCAGCGUCCAAGACGGAACCGAGAUGUUUGGCGACUUGCCAAGGCCCAGACUCAACACUGGCGACGCCAUAUCGUUGUCCAAGAAAAUCAACCUUUAACACGAGCCGUUUUGUUGUAAUAUACCCCGUGAAAUAUUCCAGUUACACUUGGGAUAAUUUGGGGAACAAUUUCAAAAUGGAGCUGGGACGGAGUAAAACACAUUUACAGUAUUGACUGCCAUGUUGUAGGAAAUGGCGUUUUUAUCCCGUCUUCAGGAUGCAUGGUGCCAUCUUUGUUACAAUUAGUCGGCCGUCAAUAACCAUGUACAAUCACAUUCACAGGCCAUCCAAGCAUUGUGGCCACCUACUUUUAGAGGCCACUUGUUUGUAGUUGCCAGCCGCCGACUGUUCAUCAAAAUGCUGUGAAACUAUACAUCUGGAGAACCAGUUCAUUUUGGCCACCUUUGGGUCGGGCAAGCUGUGUUGCAGUCGCAAUGCCACUUAUGGCCACAAAACGUGCAGGCCACCAAAUCAGGGUGGCCACCAGACUUUGCAGGCCACUCCGGCUUCGAACUCGCCGCUCCUAUUUGUUCAUUGAAAUGUUGUGCCCAUUUCACAAUUAACUGUACAAUAUUUCUGCACCUUGCAUUUUUUUUUUUUAUUAAUUGGCCACUAGUGUUUAGAGGCCAGUGGUUGAUGUUGGCCAGGAAGCUAUGUUAAUAUAAUCACAACAAGCCAGUGGCCAUAUAAACGAUGAAAAUUGCUUCCAUUUUUGUGCUGAAAAUGUCGAUAUUUACAUUCAGAAGUGUUCUAUUUUUGUUGACUGGGAAGGGAAAGUUUAAAAUUGACAUUGUAAUAAUUGCGUUAAGAUUAAAUCCCAAAGUACGCUUGAUUUCUAAAUUAUGCUCCUUCUUUGUGUCUAAUUUCAAUCCGGCAUUUAUUUAACUUUUUCGUCUUUCCCCAAACUUAUUCAUUUCACGAUUUAUUCAAAUUCCGAUAACCAGUGUUUGUUGCAUUUCCUAAAUCGUGAUUGUCAGUU